AUGAAGUUUGGAAAGAGCAUAAGAAGAGAAAUUCAGAAUCACCUUGGUAUGCAUUAUAUAGGAUAUAAAGAACUAAAAAGGCUAAUAAAGCAAAUUAACAAAAGUCGAAUGGAAGAAAGGUGUAAAGAAGAGAAAAAAUUGAGUGAGAAAUUUGAAACCAUGUUACACCGUGACUUGAGAAUAAUUGAAAAAACGUUUAGAAGAUUAUUUACCGAAAUUAAUAAUAUGAAAAAUGAAAUUGAAGAGAAAUUUUCUCCUCACAUUUUUGACAAUGAAGAGAUGAAAAUUGAGAAAAAGAUUCUAUCGUUUGAUUCGUUACUAGACAUAUUAAAAGAGAGGGGCAUCAUGUCUCAAGAGUUGUUUGAUUUCUGUGUCCGAUUGAGUUUGCUCUCCAACAAGUGCAAGAUUAUUAGGACUUAUGUAGUGUACAAUUACAUAGGCCUCUUGAAAAUCCUCAAGAAGAGGCAGAAGAAAUUUCAUGUUCCUCUCCAGCGUCAGAUUAUUUGUUGUGGUGCUAGUGGCAGAAGUGGUAGUAGCGUGGGUGGGAGAAUUUCAGAGAAUGCAUUCGAUCGGUACCUCUCAAAUUCAGUGACAAACAUCAUGGGCACGUACUCAUGGUGCCUUUCCAAUGAACUGCCCGAACUAAUAUCAUCUAUAAACAUAAUCUCAGACGAAUUCAUGGAACAUCUAUGCAAGUGUCCUAUAUCUUUUGAAAACUACAUUUGCCCUAUAUGUCUCUGCUUAAUCAAUGAUCCUGUAACUCUAAAUACGUGCUUUCAUUCUUUCUGUUGGAAAUGCUUAGCGACAGCCAUUCAGAAAUAUUCCAUGGACAAGUGUCCUUCGUGCAGAACUAAAAUUGUGUAUGACAAAGAUACUUUUAAAAUCGAUGGAAUACUGUGCCGAUUUUUGAAAAAGCAUUUUCCUAGCGCACCCGAGGGAUUGGAAGCAGAGGAAAUCAGAGAAGAAGGGAUGGUUUUGGAGGGAAUACACUUGAGUAAAGGACAAAAACAGCUAGCCAAAACAGGAUUAGGAACCACGCGUUAUUCUUACUACGAAGAUGCAGAAGAUAUUGGCGAUGAACCCAUCCUUAAGUCGGUUGGCCAACCGGAAGGGGAAAGUUUGAUUGAACAAAGAAGUGGAGUGAUAAGAAGCAGUGGAGUGAUAGGAGGCAAUGCGGCACAAAGCCCAAGCACACCAAGUGUACGGAAGGGAGAAAAAGAGAAAGCAUACUCUAUGACAGAGAUUAAUUUUGCAAAGUACAAUCCCCUCGAUGACAUUGAAACGAAAGCGUGGAAAGAUAUUAACUUGUACUUGUCUGUUUUAAAUGAUGUUGAUGAAAAUAGGGGAAUGGACACAGGGAGGGAAAGUGACAGCAGCAACAAUGAAGUUCACGACAAUAACAUUUCAUAUGAAUCCGAAGUGAGAAAUUUGGAACCCAAGGGCACAGAGGGUGUUGACUCAUCAUCCUUCAGUAUAAUAAGCGAUGUCAUUAGUUACACCUUGAGCUGA